AAUCAAUAAAGUCAAAAACCAUGUUACACUGUGAUAUGAUUUUAAAGAAACGGCCUUGACAGGACAGAAAGGGUGGGACAUGUACUAUUAUUUAUGGUUGAGUGUUUAUUUUGUCGACGCUUCCAAAAAACACUGGGUUACGUCAUGUAUUGGAACUUUGCUCCAAUCAGGACUCGCUCUGAACUAACGUCUAUGGCUUUGAAGCGCGAGGGCUCAGCGUCAAUGCUACCAACAAUGGCCGAGAUUCAAAAACACCGGCAAAGCGACAUCCACCAGCAAGCGGCCAACAGCCACCUGCAACAGACCCAUGCUAGGGCUACCUGAGAGAAGUUACUAUUGUGGUUUAGUAUUGGACAGUCUAUGGGUUGAUUAGGUUAGCUAAGCAGAGAACCCUAUAUUGACAAAAGGAGUGUCAGCAGCAAGACUAGGCGCUCUUGGAAUAAAAGAAAAAGAGGCGCCCAAAUCUGUCCCUUCGGUGGACGGGUCCCCUCUCUGCGCUUUGAGCGCCACUCUCGCGGAGCUAUCGCAACAAUGGACUCAGGUCUCCACGGGGAGCUCACUCUGUGUGCCACAUCUCAGUGGGUCAGUGGUAGAUAUGCCUCGUAACGUGUGUUCUUUCCCAUGUUAACAUCGUUCUCUGGUAGUGUUUCCUUCACUCGCGUUUGGUAGGUCCAGAGGAAUAGGACUGAAGAUGCCUGGACGGAACAGGUACAAUCUGGUGGACGAUGUCGCGGAUUCGCGGGUCCCCCUCCAUAACGAAGAAGCGUACCAACACGGGAUACAUUUUCAAGCUAAGUAUGUGGGCAGUCUGGAUGUUCCCAGGCCCAACAGUCGUAUGGAGAUCGUAGCAGCCAUGAGGAGGAUCAGGUAUGAGUUCAAGGCCAAGAACAUCAAGAAGAAAAAAGUGAGCAUCAUUGUGUCUGUGGACGGAGUCAAGGUAGUCCUCCGGAAGAAACAGAAGAGGAAAGAGUGGACCUGGGACGAGAGCAAGAUGCUGAUCAUGUCUGACCCCAUAUACAGGAUUUUCUACGUGUCCCAUGACUCCCAGGACCUGAAGAUCUUCAGCUACAUCGCCAGAGAUGGCUCCAACAACUCCUUCAGGUGUAACGUCUUCAAAUCCAAGAAGAAGACCCAGGCCAUGCGUAUAGUGCGUACGGUGGGCCAGGCGUUUGAGGUGUGUCAUAAGCUUAGUCUGCAGCACGCCCAUCAGGGUAUAGAUGGACAGGCAGACGGAGAGAGUGACAAGUCCACAGAGGACAGCCCCGCUGAGGGUCAUCAGUUGACAGGGGUGGAGGAGGAGGAGGAGGAGGAGGAGGGGUUUGGAGAGGAAGGGGAGCCCCAGGCACAGUCCCAGUCUGUGUGUGAGCAGGCGGUCAACGAGAUCCUCCAGAGUCUGGCCCAACUUAACGUGAUCCAGCCUGGACACACCAUCAUGGACUAUGAGAGCCGCUCCAGCUACAUGGUGUCUCCGAAUGGCGUGGUUUCUCCCAGCAGCCCCUGCUCUCCGCUUCUGACCCCGCUGGCGGCGCAUCACUACCUCCAGCUCCUCCAACAGCAGAUCCAACAGCAGCAGCAACACACACAGGUGGCCGUCGCACAGGUGCAGCUCCUGAAGGAUCAGAUGUCAGUGGAGACCGCAGCUCGUGUAGAGGCUCAGGCUCGUGUCCACCAGCUGCUACUACAGAACAGAGACCUGCUCCAGCACCUGUCUCUGCUGGUCACACAGCUCAAACACCUGGAGAGCAAGGCACCGGGACCGGGGGAGAAACAUACAGCUGGACUGGGACCGGGGGAGAGACAGGGUCACAAUGAUCAGGAGUCGUCAUGGACGACCAGGUCUCUGUCACUCAACCUGAAAAACCAUUACAGCUUGAGCAGCAUGGACCAGCCCAUCACCUCCACCCCUGCAGGGCCACUCCAAACCCCCCCCCUCACCGCUUCCCAGGUGGAUGGUGCCGAGUCCUACCUCAACCUCCUCAACCUGGAGAAUGGGACCAAACCACUGGGCUCUCAAAACGGGGGGGAGACAGAGACAGACACACUCAUCAGAAGAACAUCCAAUGGGAAGCCAGGGCGGAAAGACAGCUCGGAAGUGUCGUCAAAUGAGAUUGUGCGGUUCGAAACAAGGAAUUUGACAGCCCUGGAUGAAAGGUUUAAACAGAUCAUCCCUAAAUUGGACCCGCCUCCCCCGUCCUUCAACCGUAAGCGAGCCAGCCGAACUGUCUCUCCGGGGUUGGAGUUCAACCCGCUGACCAUGCCCCUGACCACACAAGUAGACGGGAAUGGUGGCGUUCCGAGCCGGAGCGAGAGCCUGUCCUUCCCAGACAUCACGCCCUGCUCCCUCUCUUCCGGACUCUCAGGAGACUUCCACCAGCUCAGCAACGGAGGCGGCGAAAGUGGCUCGUGCGGCUCAGCUAGCGAGGAUUCCGGCGUCCGCUCCGAGACUAAAUCGCAUCUCUCGCCUCUCCACGACGAAGAGGACCCGUUUGGGGACAGGGGGGCGUUCCUGACUGCCUCUAGCGGCUGUGGCAGCCCCCUAGAAGACAUGAAGGGGGAAUCUGCGCCCCUGUCAUGCGUCACCACCACCCCAGGCACACACGAGGACAGCUACGAGCACACGCUCCCCUUCUCCUCCCCCAUCAAUGACACCUGUCUGCACAUCAGCUUCUCAGAGGAUGAGUUGCUGGACAGCAGCCCUGAGGACUCCAGUGUCCCACAACGGAGCUAGGAAGACGGGCUGGGAGAGCUACUACAGGCCGUGACUUCAUUAGAGGCCUCUGGGGCUGGGGGCUCCUAGCUGACUGAUGCUGCAACAGACACCACACAAUAAAAUGACUGACACAGACUGUUAUCAGAGCUUCUAACGCACUCUGAAAUGCAAUAGUGUUUUGUAGGCCUCAUUCGGUCCAUAUUCCUAAAAUGUUGAGUGAGCUGGAUUUCAAGACUAGUUUUUCUGUCCUUUCACAACACACAGCUGGACAGAAUUGUACAUGACCUGAACAUAUUUCAACACAUUCACAGAAAAGGAACAUGAAAUGAUCUAUUAUUCUAUAAAUUAUUGCCAUAUGGA